GGAAUAAGUGAAAUUGUUGCAAGUAAUUUAAUCGAUUCAGCACGUGCGAAAGAAAAAGCGCCUUGCAUCAUCUUCAUCGAUGAGAUUGAUUCAGUGGGUUCGAAACGGGUCACCGAUGCGAUGCAUCCUCAUGCCAAUCAGACAGUCAAUCAGUUACUUGCCGAAAUGGAUGGUUUCAAUCCGAACGAAGGUGUGAUCGUCAUUGGAGCGACAAAUCGAGUGAGUGAUUUGGAUCCAGCCCUGCUACGACCUGGACGUUUUGACGUACAAGUUCAAGUCUCAUAUCCGGAUCUUGAAGGACGCAAGGAAAUCGUACAGAUUUGCUACAACACCAGAUAUCUUUCCAGAUUGUAUUUGAAUAAAAUAACGGCUGCUGAAGAUGUAGACGGGGAUAUAAUUGCGCGUGAAACCACUGGAUUCACUGGAGCUGAGAUCGAAAACAUGAUCAAUCAGGCUGCGCUAAAGGCUGUCGCCGAUGGAUUUACGAAAGUUUCGAUGGCACAUAUCGAGGAGGCAAAAGACCGUGUCAUGAUGGGACCGGCACGAAUGCGUGGCCGAUUGCCGGAUGAAGAGGCCAAUCGAAUAACUGCUUUUCAUGAAGCAGGUCAUACCCUUGUCAGCAUCUACACAAAGUAUGCUACUCCUGUACACAAAGUGACGAUCAUACCAAGAGGCAGCGCUCUGGGGCAUGUAAGUUAA